CCGCCUAUAUCUCCCACUCCUCUUUUCUCUUUUCCCCUUCCUUUCUUCCUCUCUUCUCUCUUUUUCUCCUACUUGCGCUCCUUGCCUUGUUCUCUCAUUGCCCUCUUGGAACAUAUAUAAUACCAAGAAAUAGAUAUCCAACGAUUACGGCGUCGAUUACCCCUACGCCGUAGUGCACACAAAUUAAUUUCAUUGGUUCAUUUCCCCCUAAGCGACGCGUCCCCAUCAGCCAACUACAGGCGAUCUACAACGACCACAUACCCUCUCCUUUACUUCUCAGCAGCUUCUGCUCGCCAUGAACACCGCCGCCCCCACUCAAGCGCCCACGCAUACCCAGCAGAUCCAUGCUCAAGACACAGCAGCCUAUAUCCGACCAGAAGCCCAUGCGGCCGACCGCAUAUCUGCGCAGGAGGCUAUGAAGGGCAUGAGGAUUAGUGAGCCUCAUCAGCACAACAGCAGACAAAGGCCCAGCGACACCGACGACGCGUACGUUGCCUCGCGUGUCGAACGGCACCUGGCCAGCCGUGCUCAAAGCAUUCGGGCGUCGUCCAAACAGCAGACAGAGGAACUGGCGCUGAAAGUGGCCUUGACCGAGCGUAGACGCUCCCCUCCAGAGAACAUUACCACCACAGCCCCCGUUGCCUUCGAUAUAUACAAGCCUAUGGAAGUCAUUCCAGAGCCGAACGCCAGCAGCAAAAUAACCUGCAAUAAUCUGGCUCAAGGCUCUCAGUCCCGCCAGCCUCAGAGCUAUUCUUCUCAGGAUCCAGAUAUUGUUGCGCCUUCACAACAACACGAUCAAGGAUCCCGCUCUGGACCAACCCAGCAGUUUCACAACCAAAAAGCACCCAUCCCGCCAUCGCCCUCUACCAAUGACAACGUUUCUCCAACCUCUCCUCAGCCUAUACCAUCGUCAGGACGUCAGUCAAACCUCAGCAGCGUCAGCAGCAGUAGCAAGGAGUCCUAUCGACGGAAGUAUGGCGACAUUCAAGGAUACACAUACAUUGGUACCAUCGGUCAAGGCAACUUCGGGAAGGUCCUCUUAGCAGAGAAUGAUAUCACUGGCGAGCAUGUUGCUGUAAAGAUUCUGGAAAAGGCCCAGUUCAAGAGUGAGCAGCAACGACUUCAUGCUACGCGCGAGGCGCGUCUGAUGGCCACCUUGAGACAUCCAAACAUUGUCGAUGUCAAGACCGUAAUGGAGGAUGACUAUAGGAUCUUGAUUGUCAUGGAGAAUCUGACCGGAGGGGAGCUAUUUGAUUACAUAUCCAACAAGGGUUCUCUGGAUGAGGAGGAGGCUCGCCGCAUUUUUCAGCAGAUUGUCCUUGCGAUCCACUACUGCCACGAGAACAAAGUUGUGCACCGGGAUCUCAAGCCAGAAAACAUUCUCCUCGAUAGCGAGCGUAAUGUCCGUGUCGCCGACUUUGGGUUCGGCAACAAUUGGCAUAAGGAUCGCCAUCUAACCACAUACUGUGGCUCGCCCUUCUAUGCUGCCCCAGAGAUGGUCAGCGGCACGCCCUACAUUGGGCCUGAGACCGACGUCUGGAGCCUCGGUGUGAUCCUAUACGUCCUCGUCUGUGGUCGCCUGCCUUUUGACGCCAGCGACCUACCUGCGCUCUUUGCCCAGAUCAAGCGUGGAAACUACCAGAAACCCAGAGAGGGAUCCAUCGAUGUCUGCUCGCUGAUUCACCGUAUGCUGACUGUCGAUCCCAAGCGCCGUGCCACGUUGGCGGACGUGCUCCGGUCCCGCUGGAUGCGUGCUGAUGGCAUGGAGUCCUUAGCCACAGCCCUGCCUGCCCUCUCUACUGCUCUCCCAACCAUCCGCUCUGCCUCAGUCCAUCAGCAGCAGCAGCAACAGCAGGCAGGGUCGACUGUACUUGGGACUCACCACCCCAACAACGAUAUCAGCACCACUAUGGCUGCGCCCGGCGUCCACACUGGCCAAAACCGCCAUUCAUACCACCCGCCAGGCGCGCAUGAACUUGACCGACAGCAACAGCAACAGCAGGAAUCUCCGUCUGUAUACCGCUCAUACCAGCAUUCAGAGGACUAUCAGCAGGACUACCGACACCAGCAUCAUCGCCAGAGCUCACAGUCGGUAUUGCCCCGUGAGUUGCGUGACAGCGACGACCAAAUGAGCGACGUCUCGCCCUCAAUGGUCAGCUCCCCGACCGAGACCAUGGCGACCAUCUCACCGUGUACGCCUGUGGCCCCAACCUGCAAGAACGACGUCCUUGGCAGCAAUGCCGCUGCUAACAAUGCAACGACCCUCAACGGCUGCUCACCAGCCGUGUACCAGAAGCGACCGACUCCUGUGAACGGCGUCGCCUACGACGAAAAGCAUCACCCUUACAAGCACCACCACUCUCGGACAAGUUCUGUUCAUAGCCACGGAUGCGGACAGAGCCCCGAGGCCGUAAUGAUCAACAUGUGUCCAUCGAACGAUGUCCUCAUGGACAGCUAUGACACGUCCUCGAAGAAGAAGAGAAAGGCACUGACAAAGCUCCGUCAAUUCUUUCGCUUCGAGACCAACAAGACCCACCAACAAUAGUUAGAUUAUACGUAACAAAGGAACGCUCCCCCAAUACGAAUGCUAGUGCCCCGGUUCUACAACGUCACUAAGGACUCCAUUGAGUUCAGAUGGCGGGGCUUUACAAGCGCGUCUCCAUCGUUUGUUUUGAAGGACCUACAUCGCUAUAAAGUUUUGUCAAUUCUUCACCAUCAUCCCUGGAUCUC